AUGGCAUAUAAUCAUCGAAUGAGUCAGCAAUUUCGUGGCUCCCAGCAGCAACACGGCAGAGGUCGCAAGAAGGAAGACGAGAACGAUGCAUUAAUGCGCCUGCCCGAUAAGGAGAUUGCAGGAUGUAUUAAUGAUAUCGGUAUACCUUUCACUUCUGCAGACCUUAUCAAGCCGAACCCCCAACAAAUCCAGAUGGUAUUCGAAUGGUUCGCUGAACUCCUCAUGAACAUCACCCAUGAAGCAGUGGAGCCUGCGAUGCGCGCAGCGGCAGAUGAUGUUGGCGGCGACUUUCCCGAUAUUGUUCCUGCCGAUACACGGAACCUCAUGGGGUUCUUCGUCAGCCUAAGAAAGCUUAUGAUGGAGUGCGGAGUCAAUGAUUUUACGUUUACGGACCUAACAAAGCCUACGCACGAUCGCUUGGUCAAAAUAUUCUCUUAUCUUAUCAACUUUGUUCGAUUUCGCGAGUCUCAAACGCCCGUCAUUGAUGAGCAUUUCAACAAGUCGGAGAAGACCAAGGCCCGGAUUGAUACCUUAUAUGCAGAGAACCAGGAGAUGGAGCAACGCCUGGAAGAGAUGCGCCGGAAUCUGCGGGCCAACGAAGCACAAGUAAAAGAGAAAGUUAGGAGAAACGAUGAAUUAAAAGCGCGACUACUCGAGUUGAGACGAAACCAGGAGCGGGUUGCCGAGACAUUGGAACGAGUCAAGGCAGAUAAAGCCAGACGGCAAACGCAGCUAGAGGAGAAGACGGAGAAAGUCGUGCGUACCCGACAAGAGGUUGAGAAGCUCCGCCCAUAUGCUAUGGAAAGUCCGGUCAGUCUUCAGGCCACUCUGACCGAGCUGUCGGAGAAUUUACUACGUGAGAAAGCUCAAAUCGAUGCGAUGGAGAAAAGGGCGAGAGCACUUCAAACUUCAUCAGAUACGUUCACGGUCGUCAGCAAUGAUGUCCAGGCUUGCGUUAGGCUUCUUGAAGACAUUUCUGCGGAGUUGCAAAAGGAGGAGGAUGAAGAAUCACGAGCAUCUCGGAACAAGGAAGCGAUCUCAGAAAGAGGCAACAGCGUCAGAGAAGUGGAACAAACUGAAAAGUUGCUGCAGCGACAGUUGGCAAGAUGGAAUGAAAGGAUUGAAACUCUGCGAAAGAAUGCGCAAGAGAAGGCAGAGGCAGCGCAGGCCCGCAUGGAGGAACUCCGGGAUGUCCAGAAACAGCUUCGUGAAGAGCGCGCGGAAAAGCAGCGUGAUAUGGAGAGAAGGAGGAUUAGAAUUGAACAAACGGAGAAAAAGAUGGUGGACCUCAAGGAAAACAUCGAAAACGAAAUUCAAAGUGCCCAUGAUGAAUAUUUGAGGCUGGAAUCACAUAUCAAGCUCUACAUUACCGAAAUGGAAAAAUGCAUAUGAGUCAUGGAGUCAUGUUGUUUGUUUUUUAGGAGUUAUAUGGUCGGCUCUAGGAUACCCGGUUGGUUGCGGUUUUACAC